AUGCAUUACCUCUCUACAGAGAAUAUCCUGCUCAAGGCACGCUGCCAAGGCCUCGAGGAAGCGCUAGUUAACGAAAAGAAAAGACGGCAGCGUGGAAAGCCUCUUAUAUUCCAGUUGCAGGCACCAGAGGCAGGAAAUGCAGUCUUUUAUUCUCCUAGGAAGAUCCAGCAGGCGCGUGACCUCCAGAAAGAGAAAGAUGAGGCUAUCCAGCAAGCUAAAGCUGCAAAAGAGGAGGCUAAACUGCAUCGGCAGCGGGAGAAGGAAGAGAAGCAGCAAGUUACUGAGGAGAGAAGGAGAAUGAAGGCUGUAGAACGGCAAAUUCGGUUGCAGGAAGCAGAGAAGAAGAAGCUUGAGAAGGAGCACCAGAAAGAGGAGGCUCGUAUAGCCAAGGGAGCUGAGAUACAGCUUCAAAAUGAUAUCAAAACUGUUAAGCAGAGGAGACCUAAGCUGCCAGCAACACCAAAGGCUCCAAAAAAACAGAAACGAUCACCUCCAGCAGCUGAAGCUGUCCUAGAAACCCCUACCACUGUCAAUCGUCGAGGACGGCAGAUCCGGCUUCCACAACGCUUUCGCGACUCUUGA